AUGGGACGGAUAAAGGACAAGGAAAAAACCUUAAAAUUGGUGAAAGACAGUGGGGAGACCUCCAACACGCUAGGGAACUACACGGGCGUGGGGACUGUGACAUUUUAUCUUAACAAAAAAUGGAAAGCCACAGAAAAGUAUUACGGAAACAUCUUCCAAGGAAAAAAACACGGAUAUGGUGAAUACAAUUACCAGAAUGGCGAUUUUUACCAAGGGUUGUAUGAGCACGGCAAGAAGAACGGGAUCGGCACUUAUUUUUACAACAUGGACGACAGGCAGGGGAAAGGCAAAGGGAAUGACGCGAAAGGGACAGACGAUGAGAGUAGUGAGGAGGAGGAGGAAAACAGUGGCGAUGAGAAGGGGGACAACGAAAACAGCGAUGAUGAAAAGGGCAACGACGAACAGGACGAUGAGGAAAAUGAGCAAAGAGGAAAAGACGCGGAUAGCGAAAAGGAGACGAGCGAGGAGGAAGGUGAAAAUGACCAAAAUGGAAGUGAUCAAAGUGGAGAAGACCAAAGCGAAGGCGACACUGAACAGAGCGAUCAGAAUGAACAAGACAAGGAGGUGAUCGCAAAUAAGGAUGGCUACCAAAAUAGCAAGAAGGAGAAUAAAGCAGAUGAUAAUGAAAAAAAUGCCUCCAAAAAGUUGCUACAUCUUAUGCAAAAAUGGAAUAACACAAAAAUGAAAAAAGAAACGAUUGUCCCUGCGAAAGAGAAAGGGAGCUUCUACUAUGGGAACUACGCCAACGGUCUGAAGCACAACGAGGGAAUGAUGCUGUACAGAAACGGGGACGUGUACAUAGGUGGCUGGAAGUUUGGGAAGAAGAGCGGAUGGGGAAGAUACACAUACAAAAAGUGCAAAAGCAUUCUGGAAGGACAUUGGGAAGACGGAUAUUUAACGCACGGGAAAUGGAUCCUACCAAAUGGAAUGUACUUCGUGGGAAACUUUAAAAAUAAUAAGCCGUCGGGAGAUGGCGUCUGGGCAUUUGCGGACCGAACACAAUUAAAUGUUUUUUAUUAUGAAGUUAAACAAAAAUUUAAAAAAAGUCCUAAAAAGGAAGUUGAACAGGGAGAUCCGGAUAUUUUACUGAAUUAUAAACCAUUGUAUAUUACAUCAACCAGGUGA